AAAAUUAAACAUCCGAACUUUCUAUAAUCCUAAACCUAAAAAGUUGACAUUGCGAUUCUAAGAACAUGAUGUAUUCUGAUUCUUAUUUUCGCAUGAAAACGGCACUAAGAGAUUCGGAUCAGUUACAACAGGAUAAUGACACUUUCAUGUUCGAGUCUCAGACGAAACAACAGAAGAUGUUGUUGUACCAGUCUUUGAGACAGCCGAUUCUAAGAAGAUUAAACAAGGAGCAAUUGAAGAUGUUGAAAUCAGCUGUAGAGGAACUGUCGAAAAAUGAGUCUAAAGGCAAAGGGAUAGAAGAACUGGAAGCGGAUUGGAAAAUCAUUCAAAAUUUACAAAAAGAGAUACUCCAAUCAUUUAGAGAUAUUACCAAAGAAGAGAUUACCACUUUAAAGGAAGAAGAAGCUUCUUUGAAGGAAGAAUCUGCUGCUGUGAAAGAAGAUAUUACCAUCUUGAAAGAAGCUUUUAAUUUGAAUGAUGAAAAAGUGAAGGAAGAAGAAGAAGAUGUGAUUGAAAAAGCUAACUUGACAGAUACGUCUUCUGUUCGGGGUAUGUUUUCUCGCUUCAGAAUGUCACUAGAGAGACUGAAAGCACUCGAUAGGAUGACACUCGAUAGGAUGACAAUGAUGACAAUGAAAAAACAACUCACCAAAUCAGAGGAAGAGAUUACCAAAGAAGAGAUUACCACUUUAAAGGAAGAAGAAGCUUCUUUGAAGGAAGAUAUUACCAUCUUGAAAGAAGCUUUUAAUUUGAAUGAUGAAAAAGUGAAGGAAGAAGAAGAAGAUGUGAUUGCAAAAGUUAACUUGUCAGAUACGUCUUCUGUUCGGGAUAUGUUUUCUAGCUUCAGAAUGUCACUGGACAGGCUGAAAGCACUCGAUAGGAUGACACUCGAUAGGAUGACAAUGAUGACAAUGAAAAAACAACUCACCAAAUCAGAGGAAGAGAUUACCAAAGAUGAGAUUACCACUUUGAAGGAAGAAGCUGCUGCUGUGAAGGAAGAAGAAUCCACUUUGAACGAAGAGAUUACCAUUUUGAAGGAAGAAGCUUUGAAUGAUGAAAAAGUGAAGGAAGAAGAAGCUGUGAAGGAAGAGGAAGGUGUGAAGGAAGCUGCUGCUGUCAAGGAAGAAGAUGUGAUGGAAAAAGCUAACUUGACGGAUACGUCUUCUGUUCGGGAUAUUUUUUCUCGCAUCAAAAUGUCACUGGACAAGCUGGAAGCACUCGAUAGGAUGACAAUGAAAAAACAACUCACCAAAGCAGAGGAAGAGAUUACCAAUAUACUACCGCUACCUUAAUCCUAUCAAAUAUAAAUAUUUAUCCUUUGAAUUACUCAUAUAUCCUAUGUAUGAAUUUCAUUUUGCACCGGAAACUAUUCCAGGAGAAGUUCGAAUCCGUUCCGUUUGGAUAUUGAUCAGUCAUGUUCUUGAAUAACAUGGCUAUGGUUUUCUCAGGUAAAUUAUUGUUUCUGUUUUGGAGUCGAAGGUUUCAAGGCGGUAGUGUUAGUUUUUGUGUGUCGGUUUUGUUGUACGUAUCUAUUAUGCAGCGGAAGGUUUCGUUGUACUAACUUUUUACUCUACAUAAAAAUCUAUUAGUUGCAGGGUAAAUUAUCUACAAUUAUUUAAGGGUACUGUAGAAAAAAAAAGUCGGAGUUACCCUUUGAUUUUUUUUUUUUUAACUCAAUGUUACCCUUUGAACAGGCCUUAUACUUUUUAGUAGAAAGGUUGGGGAUCUUUUGGUGCGUUCAAAAAGAAAGGUAGUUAGAGUAAUUAUUUUGACAAUUAUGUUUUGAAUUUGUUUUGCAAGUUGAUUAAUAUUCUCAUAUCAUAGUGUAAUCAUAAUAAUGUUGCAUGAAUAAUUUGAGAAGCACAGGUUGAUCAUGUUUUAGAACUUCAACAUGGUUACAAGGAGCCUUAGGGCACAGAAAGCUUUUGCAACAUGCAUUGUAACUGUCAAGCUUCUCUUCAAGGAGGAAUCUUCACAGCAUGACGAUCUUGAUCAUACUUCUUUAGAAAUCUCUUUAAAUCUACCAACAAGCUCAUUCAACUUAGUUGGAAUCUAUUUACAUUCUGUCAAAGGCAAAUCUUGAGAUUGUUUUAAAUCAUAAAAAUUUAUGUUAUUAUUUAUUAGAAUGAAGGGUAAUUUGGAAAA